UUUUAAGGUGUCUUCUUGCUGUCUGUCCGAAAGAGGAGGUUCCAUCGGCACCCACACACGUACGAGAGUGAAGUAGGCGAACUGGAAAAUGAGUUUUCAUAUCUCUCACUCUCGCGUAGUUCAAAAAGUGCUCAGAUCUGCGGGCAGUGUUGCUGUUUAUAGUACAAAUUUGAAGGAUGCACAUUUGAAGCGGCCCUUACACGUGACAAUAUUAUUGUCAAUCCAAAGUAUUGUCAAUUCCAUCAAUCCAAUUGGCUUGAUAACUUGAGUCCGAGUUUUUCAAAAAAUUCAAGCGUUUGGUACUUUAAAUAUUACAACAGAAUGUCAAAAUAUUUAGAGAAGAGGUCACUGUACAUAUUUAACAGUUUCUCUCUGGAGUGAAAUUAUUGUCGGAUUGCUGAGCAGUUUUGUUUUUUUGACAAUAUUUUCGUCAAUCCAAUGAAGUUUCCAUUACACAUACAUCAAAAGUAUUGUCAAUACUCCUUGUAUUGACAAUAAUAUUAUCUCGUGUAAAGCGGGUCUUACGCAAUAUUUUGUUUUCUGAUAAUGGCCAAUAAUUUUGAGUGAUUUCAAACGAAAGAGGACCGUUUGAGAAAAAAAAUUAUUUCUCAAUUACUGUUAUGACAGAGUCUCGGCUAACGUUAACGAGUCACCCAGAAUCGUUUUACAUAUACAAUGUUGACAUGGUUUAAUGUCCGUUAUCAGUAAUAAAAAACGCGAGAUCUCAGUAUUGACAAUGCCAAUCAGAUAAGCCAGUUCUGCAGAUUUGUCUGCAAAAUCUGCCGGGUUUUCAAACAAGUUGUGCAGACUUGAAAAUCGCGUUUUUCGCAGACAUUCGUCAAAAUUUAUAGACUUGAAAUAGCCGCGGUCGCCAAGCCGAUUCAGUGCAUUAUGCUUUAAAGAUAACUUGAAAUCUGUACGGAGCUUUCAACUGGCAUUUCUGCUGAUAAUAGUUUUGAUCGUGUAACAAAAAUCUCAUCGCAUUGAUGUCAUGACUCAGCUGUCUUGUAUCAAAGAUAUCAUAUUAACAAGAUAUCCAGCUCUCACAUUUCCCGAACAAAUCAUUGGCAACAUCCUUUUUUGCGAGCAUGUCGCCCCCAGGCGAGCCCGCAUCGAAUCUUAUACAUAGAAGUAGGGGAGAAAAAUAUCAAAUUCGCGCGCGCCAAAAUAGCAGGGUUGCGCACCCAUACAAUUGACAUGAUAUGUUGAAUGUGAUGCCGUGCGAUGGCGUUGCUGAACUGAAGAUUGACUUCGCUCCAAGCUGACAGGGUCUGCUUGUAUUUAAAUAUUUCUCUAUUUAUAGAAUAGUUUGAACCAACUUUUCUCCACUUUGAGAAGAAAUUUGAAUUUUUCGACGUAUAGUGGGAUGUCAAAUUUUUUCUUAGAAAUUAGCGCCGGAAAUCAACUGUUCUGAAAAGAGGACGAAACUCAUAUUGACAAGUUGAGAAAAGCAGUCAAAUGAUCUGAAUUUGAUGAUAUUUGGUUUACAUUUAUAACAUUUACAAAUGUUUCCAGUUUACUUCCACUUACACUGAAAGUUUACGAUUACUUCCAUUUAUACUGAAAAGAAUAGAUAACUAUCAUCCUUUUAUAAGGAAGUCCAGUUCACUCUUUUGGAGAGUACGCGAAACAGUUCCUCUUUGCUGACUUCCUCUUUCGUCUACCAUGGCAUUUUGCUGUAUUCGCUCAUUAUGUAACUCAUCACGUCGAACUUUUUUAUGAAGUUUUUUUUUUAAAGGCUUUAGCAUUAAUGUCAUUCACCUCUUCGGGCCAGAAAAACUUUCUGACCCUAUGUGCGGGGUUGGGAAUCGAACCCAGGCGGGCUGCGUGAAAGGCAUCGACUUACCCAUCAUGCUAUACCCGUCCCCACUUUUAUGAAGUUGUAAUUCUUAUUUCAGAGUAAAUUUUAAUUUGAAUUUCAAAGGAAAUCGUUUGGAAAAAAUGAUUACAUUUAGAAAUCGUAUCGUGCGCUUUUUAUUCACCGUAGAUCUGAAUCAUAUUUAUAAGCCAACUUACAUCUUGACAGCUAUUUCGGUGAAGCUAUAGAUAAAACAGUAGUUAUUGAGUGUAUAGAGCAAGUAACAAUGAUUUGAUACAGAAUCUUUAAAUUAAUAGACCGAAUAAAUGAAUACAAAUGUUUGCCAUAUUGAAAAAUGAAAAGAUGGUUUACCAAAAUUUCCUGCAGAAUAUAAAAUACACGUAGAAAUGUGGUCGGGUUUUAAGCACUUACAGCUCUGCGAUUUGAUUGGGAAUAUUUCGAUUUGAAUGUAUCAAGCCACGUAUUUUCAAUUAUUAAUGUUUGAAAUUUUGAUUAGAAGCGAGCAGUGUCCUAUUUUGUCUGCUAAAAAUAUCCGGUAUACCGAAUUUGCCCGCCAUAGACGACGAUUUUGGAGGAAUAAGCGAUAUAUCAAAGGGAAAUCAACGAGAAUUUAUAAAUAGAAGCGAAAUUAUAGCUAACGUUUCAGUCCUACCCGUAGCAUGCUAGAGGUGGGUUGUUGCUAGACAGCAAGACAAAUAGUGCCAUACAACAGUUUGAAGCUUUAUUUGGCUUGCUUUGAUCUUGUGUCAUGCGAGUUCGGAUGAAAUAUUUUGUUAGGUCGCUGUGCAAGAAUCUCAGAGUAAAUUUUAAGUGCAUAAGAUUAAUUUCUAACUUUAAUAAGAUGAGCUCGAUUUAUUAUCGAAAUCGCAGAAUGGUAGAGAACUGAACGCUAUAAAAAAAACUGCAUGCAUCCAAAAAUUGAAUACAAGCUUGGCGCAAAUAAGGUUAAAUAUCGAAAUCCGUUACGCUAGUAUGCACGUAGGUAUAAUUGCAUAUAUUUGGGCUAUUAAUGUAAUUUCGUCGUAUACAAGACAAACAGAGUCCGGGUUCGCGUGUUCGAUGCUGGUUCUUAAUACACUGAGGUCUUUUGUUACCUCGUAAAAAAGCCGCGUAACAAACUUGUUCCACAUCAGUAGCUCGAACAACCCCAUGGGGCUGAUCCUUAUAGUUUUUUCUGCUUUUUUUGAAAACAGCUGAAAUUAGAAUCUGAAACAGUAUCCAUUUGGCUAUCGCUGUAGUUAGUUAAUGGUAUAGCGCCCAUACUUUUUAGUAAUAGGAAAUAGGCUUUUUUUCCUAUUGCUGGGAUAAAUAUUCACGCGUUUUUUUCUGUUAGCGAAGCCAACAUAUUCACUUUGAAGUUGAAUUCCGGAUGAGAAAUUCCUCUUCAUAGCGGAUGUUGACAGAUGGCUUAUUGACCGUUAACAGAAGAAAAAGGCGACAAAACGCAAGAAUUGAACAUGCAAUUUAUCUUGAAAAAUACGUCAACCCGGCAGCACUGAUUUACGCAACAAAAAACAGCAAUCGAACUUGGUGCGAGCGUGAUGAGAAAUGAGUGCCCGGUUCUGCGUUCGGUGAGAGUGUGUGUGUGGACUGGUGUUAAAAACGGCAUACCGUUCGAAUGUCGCGAGGAACUCAUCGACUCGCGGAUUGGUCGCCGUCAGUCCAGUCUUCGCCGAGGAGCGUGUGUGUGAACGAUACUCUCGCAAAGUACCAAAAGUCGCAUCUCGUCAGUUCCAUCCAACAGCCUGUGUCGACAUAACAGAAACAACUAAAAAUCAGGUUUUCUUGGUGCAUUUUUUCUUCCUGAAUUACCAUUUUUUUCUGUACUCUUACUUCGUUCCCCCUGGCAAACAGCAGCAGCAGCCGUUCGGUGUUUGAAGAAUAAACUUCCAGGCUUUCCAAGUGCCGUACGUGAAAAGUUUUAUGUAUGGCAGGGGAAGUGUGAAAGAAAUCCGGGUGCGUUGUUUUGCCUUACAGCAGUCGAAAUUUGGAGUUUUCUGAACUUUCCGGGUGUCGAUAGAAAAGAACUGCGUUCCAUCCAAGCCCAAGUGCCAAGGGAAGAAAAGGAAAACGCAAUGUGCUAGGUGAAAAUCGAAUCAAUCAAUUCUCGAAGAAUCAAAUUUGUGAUCAAGUGAAAAAAAAUUAUCGGAAUAUUGUGGUGUUUUGUGGCAGAGGAAGUGGUAGAGCAAGAAACGAAGAAGAGUUAUUUCCUCAAAAAAAAAAGUUGUUUUACUGUUCAGGAAGUCAAUCGGUCGAAGUUGAAAAAAAAGUAUUUGCGGAAAAUAGUGGAAACAAGUUUUCUGUGUUUUUAAUUGUGUGUGUCUGUGUGUGCGAAUUAAUAUCACGGAGUUUUCGAAGCCAGCGCCCCAGCGGUCAAGGAGGAGUUUCGUUCAGAGUCGAGCAAAUUGAUACAUACGGCAGCAAGAAGAAAACAACGCAAAACUUAAAAGAGCGACGAUUACGGCUGUGACCACGACGACUGCGAUCGAUGCUCGUUUAGCUGCUGGCUGUUCGUCAUCGGUGGUGGUGGCGGUGACGGCCACGGCGGCCAUAUUAUGGCUGAGGAAGAGUUGAUGGUCGUGCUGCGAAAGAGCGAGGAUGCAACGUUCGGGUUCUCGCUGCUCCGGACCGAUGGCUUCCCGCACGUCAUCUACGACAUCGUGGAGAACUCGCCGGCCGCCGAGUGUGGUGAGGUCGAAGCUGGUGAUGUAAUUGUGAAAGUCAACGGAACCGACGUGCACGGAUUCACGACUAAAGAUGUGCUAAAAUGCCUUCGGCUUUCUACGGAUCCAGUGACGCUAGAGCUGAAAAGAGACCCGAAAAUCAAAGCCCACGUCCGGAAGUAUCUGGCCUCGAUCAGCAACCAGCACCCGCACUCGGACGGCCAUCAGUUGCAGUAUUCUAAUCCCUCGUCGCCAAUUCACAACCGACACUCGCCGGCAUCGCCACUUUCCGAGCGGGGUCCGAGCCGAAUUCAGUCGCCGGCAUUCACCGGCGGUAGCAACGCCGGUCGGUACGGGCACCGGACCUGCACAUCCGAUCCGUCAUGUCGCCCGUCGCGCAUUCCACAGGCCGUGCUGGCCCCGAAAAACUCCUGGAGUGCACCGCAGUCUCCGCACGGUGUCAAAGUGCCGCGCCCAUCGCAAAUUCCGACCGCCAAUGGAACGUCGCCAUCGGUGCUGCCACAGCAGCAAAGUAGUCAUCAUCAGCAGUCAUACCAGCAACAGCACAGUAACCAGUAUUCAUCGUCGGGAUCGCCGUUUUUCCAGCAGCAGCAGCAACCCCCGAAAAAGGGAUUCGAAGCAUACAUGAUGACCGGUGAUCUUAUCCUGAAUCUCUCGCGGACACCACAGAGCUCGGGAAUACUACCGCAGGCCAAGGCUAAGAUCGACAGCCUACGGGACUCUCCCAGUCAUCGGGCCAGUACGAAGCGGAAAAACGGUGCCAUCGCACCGCACGCCAAGUGUGACUCGUCACCGUCGUCACCGUCAAGCGAGAGUAAUUCGGAAAACCAGCACAGUAAACAGCAACAGCAGAGUGUUCAGGAUCAACAGAUGUCGAAGAAGAGAAGCCGCAGCCAGCAGCAGGCAGAAGAGGAUGACGAGGAUGGUGCCGAUGAGCAGACACACAAUGAUCAGAAUACCGGCAGUUCGAUAGAGUCGAUUGUGAACAGUAGCAGCAAAAAACUCAGUGGCGGUAGCUAUCAGAACAACAAUCACAACAAUAACAACCGGAUCGCGGAGGAACAGCACGAACAGCAGGGAUUGAACUCGAGGCAUGGCAGCAGUGGAUCGGCGGCUGCUACUGCUGCUAGUGGUGGUGCCGGGCGAACCAUUGGCAGCAGUAGCAACAGCGGAGGAAGCAGCGUCGAUGCAGCGGAUGAGGAGGAGAAUGCCGAUGAUUUUAUGGACCUAGGAAGUAACCGAACAAACACUAGCGGCUGUGUGUCAUCCUCGCUGCUGGGCGAGCGCAACUCCGCCCGACGAGACGUCCGGCCCGGGCAGGAUGGCAGUAAUAAUAGUGUUAGCACUCAGCAACCAGCCGUCGGAACGGGAAGCGAUAGUGUUGAUAGUAGUAGUACGGCUGUUACCAACGGAGAUUUACGUCACCAUCGCCAUCAUUAUCAUUCCGACCGGGAACGCAUCAAAUCUUCCUCGUCCGCUGCUUCGUCCGGCGGAGGAGCCACCGUUAAAAGUGAUAGCUCACCGGAAAUGAGCUACUCUGUGCCAACGUCUCCAACAUCACUGUCGGCUGCACCCAUUUUGGACGGGUAUUCGUCUUCGCUGAAAAAGAGAGACAUGCUGCUGGCAAAUUCGGUUCCCACCAGUCCGGAAACGGGAAUGCAAGAAAGCGUUCGCCGGAGCGGUAGUGGCCUUCCCCAUCAUCCUCAUCACUAUCACCAUCACCAUCACCACCACCAUCACAAUCAGCAUCUCAGUGGCGCCAUCAGCAAUCAGCCUCCGAACAGUGCCGUGGUCGGUGGAAGUUCUAAUCUCGUCAGUGCCACCAUGAGUGCAGCCGGUGCCGGUAUCAGUGGGGCAGUGGUGCGAAAGUGUGACGCCGCCGGUUUCCGCACCAGCCGAUCCGAAGAUCACCUGCAGCAAACACAGCGAGACGGUGGUAUUGGGGCGGUGGUUCCGAUCGAUAUCGACGAAGACGUGAACAGUUCGCUUAACACACUGCUCGACACACGGCAUGAUUCCGAGGAAGUUCAGGGUUCCGAUCACGAUCGGAUCGUGUGGACGUACAAUGCUCCUGUGUCGCAAAAUAAUGGUGGUGGUGGCGGAACUAUGAUGGGAACCGGAAUUAUUACAUCUCCCAUUUCGCACCCCAGUUCGAUGAGUUCAUCGCCUCAACGAUCGGCCAGCGAUAGUCCGGCGUCGCCUACUUCCGUGUCCUCAUCUGUGAUGUCCUCGUCGGGCGGUUCUAAAGGUGCCAAUGAUCAUACCCACAACGGGUACAGUAACAGUGGUUUCGAGGGUGGCCGAGGGGGCAGCGGGACGCAUAGUAAUCUGCAAAGUUUAAGCUGCCAGAACGGUGGCGGCGGCGGCGGCCAUGGGGUAGGCGGUGGAGGCAGCACAAUGGACCAGAGUGUUUCGGAAGCGGUCUCGAACAUUUCCAGUCCGGACUACCAGGAUGAGCACGAUCUGCUCAGCACACGGGAUUUGGCGGCGAUGGCCAUCAGCGAUCCCAGUGAUUCCGAUUCAACGAUACUGGUUUCGGAGACAACCCAUCGAGUGCACGAUCGCGAUCGUGACCGUGAUCAUAAAAUUGUGAUACAGGUUAAGGGAAUGCAACAGCAGCUGCAGCAGCAUGCCCACAACCAACAACAACAACUGGACAGUGUACGCUAUACCGAGCUUAAAGAUUCGGAAGACGAACUGGCAACACUGACCGACGAUAUGCCAGCGAUGGGACCCCUGGGGGGACACGACGGUCAGUUCGGAAGUGGUGGCCGCGAAUCGUCACCACCCGUUUCGGACGAUGGUAGUGACGUGGAUUCGCUGCACUCGUUCCAUUAUUCGCCGAAAGCGGUCGACCUACCGUCGGCCGAACGGCUGGCAAAGCGUUUGUACUAUCUCGAGGGCUUUAAGAAAAGUGACGUUUCACGUCAUCUAAGUAAAAACAAUGACUUCAGCCGUGCAGUUGCCGAUGAAUAUCUGAAAUUUUUCCUGUUCGAACGGUUAACACUUGACGAAGCCCUGCGGUUGUUUCUGAAACAGUUUUCCCUAUCCGGUGAAACGCAGGAACGCGAACGGGUUCUGGUGCACUUCUCCAAGCGCUACCUCGAUUGUAAUCUGGGUUCUUUCAAUUCGCAAGAUGCCGUUCACACACUAACAUGUGCAAUAAUGUUGCUCAACACGGACCUGCACGGUCAAAACAUAGGCCGCAAAAUGACGUGUUCGGAAUUCAUUGAAAAUCUGAGCGAACUGAACGAUGGAGAAAAUUUCCCGAAAGAUAUUCUUAAACAGCUGUACCAAGCUAUCAAAUCGCAACCGCUCGAAUGGGCUCUGGAUGACGAUUCUCCGGAUCAGCAGAAACUCGGACCCGGUCGCACGGAGGGUGGUAAUCUGGGUGGAAACGGUGGCAACGGUAACGGCGGAAAUAUGCAGGGAUGUCCGGUGGGUAUGAAUCCGUUCCUGGAUCCUCCCCAGCCGGCUGCCAUCGAGUACAAGAAAGGCUACGUGAUGCGAAAGUGCUGUUACGACACGAACAACAAAAAAAGUUGUUGUGCUUUUUUUACAGCUCCGUUCGGCAAGCGCUCGUGGAAGAUGUUCUACUGCACCCUGCGGGAUCUGGUGCUGUAUCUGCACAAAGAUGAGCACGGUUUCCGCAAAAAUCAGAUGUCCGACAACGUGCACAACGCGAUUCGACUGCACCAUGCCCUCGCGACCAAGGCCAGCGAUUACACCAAAAAGCAGCAUGUCUUUCGGUUGCAAACGGCUGAACAGUCCGAAUAUCUGUUCCAGACCAGUGAUUCCAAGGAACUGCAGUCCUGGAUCGAUACGAUCAAUUUCGUAUGCGCUUCGUUUUCGGCUCCACCCCUAGAGGGAGGAGUCGGCAGUCAGAAACGGUUCCAGAGGCCGCUACUACCCUGCACUCACACCAAGCUGCUGUUGCGUGAACAGUUGGCAUCCCACGAAGAUCAAGUCAACAAACUAGAAAAUCUGCUGGCGGAACACAAGCGAUCAACGAUUCCUACCAAGGGCUUGGCUCUGCAGAACUACAAAGAGAAAGAGGCUUAUCUGCUUUACGAGCUGAAACGCUACAAAACGUACUACUACCUGCUGAGCUCACGCAUGAACUCGGAUCAGGCUCUGGAUUUCGAGAAUCUGCUGACGCUCGGAGAAAGUGGGGUUCUGAUGGAAACGGACGAAAUUCUACAGCGGAAUCGGCAAAAUAGUGCCGGUGGUGGUGGUGGCAGUGGCGGUGAACUGAUGGUUGGUAGCUUUGGGAGCGCAGGCGCAAACCAGGCCAUCAUCCAGCAGCAACCGCUCAGUCAGCAAAGUCAGCAACAAUUUCAGCUGCAGACUGGUGGUGGCGGUGGCGGCGGCAUCGUUGGCGAUAACAACUUGACUGGGCUGGGUCCUAUCAGUAGCAGCACCACAUCCAACAGAAUCCAUGCGACCGUGACGCAACCAUUACGAAAGAGUACUGAUGGCUGCUAGAGAGAGAAAGAGAGAAAGCGAGUAUCUUUCCCGUGGGAGGUGGAUCGAAAAGUAAAGAAAAAAAAAAACGGAAUGAGACAAAUCUUUUGACUAGUUAGCGAAAUCCUAAUAAUCAAAUGUCUCCAGAGAGUGUUAAACACCCGCAUGUAUAGGUAAGAAGAGCUAGAAUAGUUUAACGAUAACAAGUGCUGUCAACUGGUUGGGCACCAACCUACAACCUACAACUCAAAUAUGGAUUCGAUGGACCUAAUAACUUGUUUUGCAAAAGUACUGCUCACAGGCCCCCGUUGACGAAAAGAAACCUAUGGAAAGAGUUCAACAGUUAGAAAGGUUUUACAGUUUAUUUACUUAGUCAUGCUUUCAACGAAACCUUCUUCGAUUUCCGUGAAUAUAUGGGGCGAUGCGAUCCAUGCGAUCAAUUUUUAAAACUGAAAAUAUUUCUUCCAGGUUUAAUUGUGUUUACGUUUUAUUAAAAUGUAUGAUUAUUUGUAUUCUUUAAGUGGUAACAUUAUUUUUUGCCAUUUCCUUCACAUUACGAACUUCCCGAACAAGCAACAAGCACCAAAAGCGUUUUUGCGUGGAGUUCUUCAUUGUUUCAAUAGGAUUAGGGUCAUUUCGCUUAAAGCCAUUUCGCCGAAAGCCGUUUCGCCGAAAGGGUCAUUUCGCCAAAUGGGUCACUUCGUCGAAUGUCAUGUCGCCGAAUCCUGCAAUUGUCUUAAUAUUAUAAUUGGAAUUGAUUUAAAUUAAACACAAAUGAUGAUCAUACGUUAACGCCCGUUUUGUUGACCUAAAUCUGUACAAUUGAAUAGAGAUUGAUUCUUGUACUCUUGAAUGAAGAUUGAUUCAUGAACCUAAGAACAGUUCCCAAGGAAACUUGAUGGCUAUUAAACACUAACCAUCAACGUAAUUGCAUAGGUGAAUCUACCAAGCAAAUGUAUGUGGUAUUUUCCGUUUACUAAGUGAAAAAAUAUCUAAUGCGUCUUCGCCACAUCGAUUUGAUUCGUGUGCUGUCCGACCUUGCUACCGCUCGUUCGGGCCUAACUAAAGCAAAGAAACCUAGCUUUGAGUUGACCGGGUAAACGAGUCGGUUACAGAUUUGUAUGCAAGAGGCCGCCGCUUCCGACGACGAGUUGGAGGCCAGCUCAGCCGGCGUCGCCUCAUCUUGGCUUCGGUUAUGGGGCUGCGUCACAUCAGUUAUACAAGAGGCAUAAUAACACGAAAAAAUAAUAAUAUGAUGUAUUCGAAAUUACCCUUACGGUGAAAUGGCAUUAGGCGAAAUGGCUUUCGGCGAAAUGACUUUCGGCGAAAUGACCCGCUCCCUUUCAAUAUGAAGAAAACAGCCACCGAAAGUCAUCGUAUUUUGGUGGAAGUGUAUGGUGUGAGCAUGCUCUAGCUGAGCGAACGUGUCGGAGGUGAUUUGGGGAAUAGGUAUGAUGAGAAAAUAUAGAAAAAAAGGAAAGUUUCAAACAAAAACAUUCAAUUUUUUCAAACUACUUUCUGAUCAAAACUAAGUCGGAUUGAAUAAAAAAAAUAUUUUUUUUCGAUUUUAGUACAUUUCUUUAUUAUCGCCUUCAAAAUAGCCUCAUUUUGAACCAAUACAGGCAUUCCAGCGGUCAAUCCAAUUUUCCAUGCGCCUGCCAUAGGCCUCGGCCGAGAUGGCAGUUUAUUCAGCAAAUUUUCCAAUUGGGUUUACGCGCGUGGUUUUUUAAAUGGAUCAGUCCGGGUCAAUUUUGAUCAGGUUUUUUUUUAUUCAUAAAACUUUUUAUUUCGGCUUACCAAAAAAAUGAAUUAUUUAUUUUUAUUACUGGAUAUCGUUGUCAUCUACUUUCUUGGCGGAGAGGCGUUUUCAUUGCUAUCCAGCGAAUGAGAGGGGAGCAGUGGUUCGCUAUUCACACUCCCGUUCAUUGGUUUGGUUUUACUGUUGUUUAGGGAUGGUACUCGGAAGGUAAAGUAUCGAUACCUAGGGUAUCGGGAUACCAAAAUUUUGGGUAUCGAUACAAGGUAUCAAAGAGCAAUGAAGUAUCGAUACCUGUAAGUAUCAAUUGAUACUUGCGCAGCACUCAUUUUGAAAUUAAAUGAAAUUGUCGACUGUGACAUUAUUUUUUGAUAUACAGAAAGGAUUUUCCAUAAAUUUGUUGUGCCACUAGUAUUCGAAUAUUACCACGUCAAAGAAUUUCCGCAAGCCACUUUGUGUUGGAGCCAUGAUACACGAUACACGGAUACUACCCAAUUCCUAUAGAACAUUUAGGAGUUUUGUUGCUUUAAGCUCUGAUGAGCCGAAGACAAAACGCGAAGAAAUAGAAACAAUUCCUACUGUUAUUACGACGGGAUCAGAAACGGACGGAGCGAAAGCACUAGGCUCGCGCAAGUAUUGGUAUGACGUGGGCUAACCGUCGUUAAAAUUCGUACUCGAUAAUCUCGCGUCGUCUCACAGGCACACUGAAGAGAGAGUUCAAUGAAUGUGAAAAAUUGAAAUGAUUGAAUCCUCUGAGAGUACGGUCUUUAUGUGCGUGUUUUCUUGAUGGUCUUCGCUUAUUUCACUCUCUUUCAGUGCACUUGUGGGACGAUGCGAGGUUGUCGAGAACGAAAAUCAACGACGGCUAGCCCACGUUAUACCAAUCCAUUUUCUGGCCCGAAGAGGCGAAUGACCUUAAGGUUAAAGCCUCUAUAAUUGAAACAAAAUAAAAUCCGUCGUAAUGGGAAUUGACUUUAAUCCGUUGCGAUACUUUAAGUAUCGUGACCGAAAGUAUCGAUACUAACAGUAUCGCCCUGAUGCGAUAUCGAUACCAAAAAUACCCGAUUCUUGAAAGAAAGUAUCGAUACCUCAAAGUAUCGACUCGGUAUCGGACAUCCCUACUGUUGUUGGCGGAACGAUCGUUAUGGCUUAUAUUUGUCUGGAGGUUGGGUGCGUUGUUAGCUGUUGAUGGAUGUCUCCGAUGUACUGGUUUUUUUUUUGGGUUGGAGUGAAGGAAGCUCUGUUGUUCUUUGGUGCAGACGUCUUCUUGUCCAGUUUUUCCAUAGUGAAUAGCUUUAUGGCAAUAUUGACAUGUGGCCAUCUGGUUGUCAUAGGUAACAAGUGAUUUGCACGGGAUUCUUGUAUCCUGACCGAAAAUCACAUAAGAAGAUAUAGCCCUCUUCAAGUGCAUGCGUAACAAACGUACGCCAUUUAGAAUACCAGGGAAAAAGUUCUUCCACUUUUCUUUUUCGAUGAAGAGAAUCUCUCCGUACUGGGACAUAGUUUUGCGAAUAUAACCUUCAAGUUCUCGUAUCGAAGGUCGAAUUUUGCACUGGCUGAAGUCAACAGUAAUUGUAUUCUUUCGUAGCGACGGUAGCAUUUGUUCGUUUGGUUCACUCAUUUCGAGGUCGUUCUAUUGUUCACUACACAAUACUGUACUUGGUUUCUUCCGUCCCGAACGUAAGCGGUUUUCUUAUAUCGACUGACUUGGAUGAGAUGUGAAAGCGAACUGAUCAGAAGGUAUGUUCUAAAUAAAAUACUGACGAAGCAAUCUUAAUUCUUUUAGUUCAGUUUGAAGCUGCACAUGUACUUAAAAAACUGUACAAAUCUGAGCACAAUCAGUCGAAUAGUUUUCGAGAUAUCAUGGUAGUAGUUUGAAAAAAUUGUGUUUUGAGAAAAACACUAGCUUAUUUGACACACUAGCUGACCCCCUUAAGUGACUGCUUCACCUUCCGCAUUUAUUUCUUAAUUUGAAUUGAAUUUCUUACAGGUAAGCAUUUUUUUCUGAUCUGCUAAUAGCCAGUAAUCACUUGAACCAGAUCUGAACUAUACGGUGGAUGAGGAAGCAAUUUGGAACAGUAAUUCGUUCAACUAAAAACCAUCGUUGCCAUCGUCUUGUGAUUCGGUGCAUUGUCUUGGUGAAACAGUGAUUUAUUCUUUGACAUAUGAGGUCGUUUUCCUAUGAUUUUUGCAUUCAAAUGAUCUAACAACGCUAGGUAAUAUUCGCUAUUGAUUGUUUUUCUUUUUUCAAGAUACCAUGCGUAUUCCAAAAUUCUGAAGCCAUAACCUUCCCAACUGCUCGUUGUGCCUUUGGAAGCUUCGGACAUAGUUCCCUGGCUACAAUCCACUCAGAUGAUGAUAGUUUUGAUUCCGGAGUGAAGUAAUGGAUCUAUGUUUCAUCCAUUGUCACAUAUCGACACAAAAAAUCUAUUUUUUUACUUGUAAACUUGGCCAAACACUGCUCUGAAUCAUCAACACGUUGUUGUUUUUGACCACUUUGAAAAGAGUUGUCUCAUGGUCAAAUGUUCACGUAUAAUUGUAAACACGUUGCUUUCUGAUAUCUUUACGGCAUUGGCUAUCUUACGUAAUUUCAAUUUACAAUUAGAUAUAAUCAAUGGUGCAUUGGUUAUAUCUAAUCGUAAAUUGAAAUUACGUAAGAUAACGUCCGAAACGGGAAAUUAGCGUGACAAAGAUAUUUUCACUAUUAAAUAUUAGUUUUUUGUAGUUGGUGUCUUCACAAAAGUUGAAAUCGGAAAUCUAACUUUCUUAAUUGAAAUCAAAAAUGAUUUUGUUGUACAAUAGUUGUAGAAAAUUUUAUUUUGGGCAACUUUGCUGAAAAAAACACUUCUCUAGCUUUUCAUUUUAUCGAGUUACAUCAAUUUUCCAGAAUAAAAGUAGGGUAACUCCAGAAAAUUCACUUUUUUGGUUCUAACUUUUUUGUGAAACGCUCUACGGAAAAGUUGUCUUCAGAAGAGUUGUUGUACUGUCUAGUUGGGCCCGGAUUACCCAAAGCUAGGGGCCAUCCCUCCGUUAAGUCCGAACGAGCGGCAGCGAGGUCGGACAGCAGGUCAUUAAAAACGAUGAGGCGUAGCCGCAUUAGACCUUUCAAAAUCGUAGUAAAUUAGAACAAAUUCUAUUAAGCAGCAUGUUGAUCUGUUAUGCCAAACGAUAUUAUACCGAUAAUAUUCUAGCGACUAAUGCCUUCGGAUGUAUGGUUUUCUGGAUUAAUACAUUCUGGGAAUUUUUUUCUGGAUUUUUUUUACUUUCUAGAGUUUGUAUUUCUGGAGAUUGGUACUUUCUGAGCAAUGAAUUUUUGCGGAAAAGCUUAGAAUGGUUUUCGGGGAAAUGUUAUAGAAUCUUGUUUAACAUCGAAGAAAUUGUCGAUUCGGUUCUUUUUAGGACCAAUAAUUCGAUCCUAAAUAACUACGGUGUUUUCUUCUGCCCAUAACUCCACAAUGAAAUUAUUUAAAGAGAAUCCUUUCACGCCACUAGUGUCAAUAUAGAAUUAAUUUGCUCUGUUUGUGAUUUUCUGAAGGACCAAUUUUAUUAUCUUGUUGAGGAUUUCAACCUAAGCCCCGUUUUGCAUCGCAUUCCACUGAUUCUUUGCAUUCAAGGAAAAUGCACUUAACAUCAACGAAUUUCAACAAUCGUCGGUCGUUUCGAUGACCAACAAAGGCCAAAU